CGCGAGUGGUAAGAAGAACCUGCAUUUGAGAAAAACAAAAAAACAACCUUUCUUUGGGGUUCUCAAGAGCAAAGCGAGAAAAAGAGAGAAGGUGACGAUCGGGGAGAAGGAGGAGCUGCUGGAGGAGAACAAUGAAGCGGUGGGGGGCUCCGCUCUUGGUCUGGCUGCUGUGGUCCGUCUUCGCCGCGUCGUCUUCGUCGUCUCCUGGUCCCGCCGAAGAAUGUUCCGGCAUGUCCAUGCGUCUCCGGGCCUUCCGGCUGAAGGUGUCGUGCAACGCGAGCGCUCUGAACGACAAACAGCUGAAGGAGAUCCAGGCCCCGACCACCACCUUGUACCUACCGGGGCUCUACCUCCUGGCCUUGGCGCUGGGUCUGCCGGCCAACCUGCUGGCCCUCUGGAUCCUGGCCUUCAGAACCAAGCGCCUCCCGUCCACCGUGCUGCUCAUCAACCUGACGGCGGUGGACUCUCUGCUGCUGCUGGCGCUGCCCUUCCGCAUCGCGUACCACUUCCGAGGGAGCCACUGGGACCUGGGCGAGGCCCUCUGCCGCACGGUCACGGCCGUCUUCUACGGGAACAUGUACGGGUCGGUGCUGUGCCUGGCGCUGGUGGCCCUGGACCGUUACGUGGCCUUGGCGCACCCGUUCGGCGCCAAGACCCUGCGCGGCCGGCGGACGUCGCUGCAAAUGACGGCGGCGGUGUGGGGGGCGGUGGCGGCGGCCAUGUUGCCGCUGCUGCUGUCGCAGCAGACGUACGCGCUGGACCGGCCCCGCAUCACCACCUGCCACGACGCGCUGCCCCAGCGGGAGCAGGAGACCUUCUUCCUGCCCUACUUCGCCACCCUCUUCACGCUGGGCUUCCUGCUGCCCUUCGUCGUCAUCGUGUUCUGCCACUGCGGCGUCCUGCGCGCGCUGCUGGCCGAGGGCGAGCGCUACGCCCACGCCGUGCGGGUCACGCUGCUGGUGCUGCUGGUGUUCGUGGUCUGCGUGCUGCCCAGCAACAUCCUGCUCCUCCUCACCUACGCGGCCGACGGCGACGGCCUCGGCGAGGACGUCUACGUGCCGUACAUGCUCAGCUUGGCCCUGAGCACCUUCAGCAGCUGCGCCGACCCUUUCAUCUUCUACUACGUGUCGGCCGAUUUCAGGGAGAAGGCCAAAGGCGCGCUCUGCUGCCGGGGCGGCGCUCCGCCGCCGGACAGAGCGCCGAACAAAGCGUCCUACUCCUCGUCCGGGCCCAGGACAAAAGUCACCCUGUUGUCUGUCUCCACGCGGAACUCCGCCAGGACCUGAAUGUCGUCGUGCCGCCGAGCUCGUACGUUCACACCAGACAAUGAGUGGCUCGCAGUACUUGAGAGCACGUGACCUCAUCCACUCGCCACCUCAACGCAGCCCAAGAUGGCAAAGUCCGCGACUGCCUCGUCCGUAGAGGCUCCGCUCAUGUCAAAGAUGACCGCGGACUUCCUUCGGAACCUCCCUCACAUCCACAGCGACAAUUUCAUCAAAGGCAUAACAGAACAGCGUCACUUUGUGGACAUUGCUCGUUAAACACCUGAACAUGUUUACCACCAUUUUACAUUUUGCUUCAACGCCUGUGUUAUGUCAAUUAAGAUGUUUCUUGCACGCAAAAAGGUGUACAUUAAAAAAAGAUCGUUGCUUCUG